CUCUUUUCUUUUUGUUUGCUCUCUGCAGAGUCUCUUCAUCACUUUGUAGGAAAAGCAAAAAAGUUUUGUUUCUUUUCUCAUUUUGAUUCUUGAGAGAUUACGAUACGAAACAACCAUGGCGCUCGUGGAAUCUGAAACGAAGGCGUUGGGGAAUCAACAGCAGCAUUCUGCAAAGUUUGCUUCGCUUUACGUCGGUGAUCUUAGCCCAGACGUGACGGAGCAAGAUCUCAUCCAAAAAUUCUCUUUUACUGUUCCUGUCUCCUCCGUUCAUCUUUGCCGUAACUCCGUCACCGGAAAAUCCUUGUGUUACGCUUACAUCAACUUUGAUUCACCUUACAGCGCAUCGAAUGCUAUGGCGUGCUUAAACCAUACUGAUUUGAAGGAGAAGGCUAUGCGAAUAAUGUGGUCUCAGAGGGAUCUUCAAUACCGUCGUCGUACUGGGUUUGGAAAUCUAUACGUCAAGAAUCUUGACAGCUCGAUCACUAGCAUUUGCUUAGAGCGAAUGUUUUGCCCCUUUGGAGUCGUACUCUCUUGCAAAGUCGCUGAAGAGAAUGGACAAAGUAAAGGUUUUGGGUUUGUUCAGUUUGAAACAGAGCAAUCUGCUGUAGCUGCUCGUACUGCCCUCCAUGGCUCUGUGGUUGAUGGCAAGAAACUGUUUGUAGCCAAGUUCAUCAACAAGAAUGAAAGAGCAGCUAUGGCAGGAAAUCAAGAAUUCACAAACGUUUAUGUUAAAAACCUGAUGGAAAAUGUUACAGAGGAUGAUCUACAUAGUCUGUUUUCUCAAUAUGGGACAGUCUCAAGUGUUGUGGUUAUGAGGGAUGGUAUGGGAAGAUCUAGAGGUUUCGGAUUUGUCAACUUCUGCAAUCCAGUAAAUGCUAAGAAAGCUGUGGAAUCUCUUGAUAAACAAAAACUUGGAUCAAAGAGUUUGUUUGUUGGAUUGGCACUGAAAUAUGAUGAAAGGAAGGAGAUGCUGAAACAGAAAUACAGGGGAAACUUUAUUGCCAAGUCUAACAUGGGGUGGUCCAAUCUGUACGUGAAGAACUUGAGUGAAUCAAUGAAUGAAACAAGACUGCGAGAAAUAUUUGGAAGCUAUGGGCAGAUAGUCUCAGCUAAAGUGAUGCGUCAUGAGAAUGGUAAAAGUAAAGGAUUCGGCUUUGUGUGUUUCUCUAACUGUGAAGCGUCCAAACAGGCUAAAAGAGAGCUCAAUGGGUUUUCGGCUGAUGGACAACCAUUUGUUGUUCGAGUUGCUGAGAGAAAAGAGGAUCGACUCAAGAGGUUGCAGCAAUACUUUCAUGGACAACCACAUCAUUACACGCAAGUUCCUCCUGUCCCUUCACCAGCUCAACCAGUCUUUCCAUCUGUGCCCAGCAGCUUUCAUGGACAGCCACGUCACACACAAGUUCCUCCUGUCCCUUCACCAGCUCAGCCUGUCCCCCCAUCUGUGCCCAGCAGCUUUCAUGGACAGCCACGUCUUUACACGCAAGCUCCUCCUGUCUCUUCACCAGCUCAGCCUGUCCUCCCUUCUGUGCCCAGCAGCUCAUAUAGUUACUUGCAGCCAUUCCAUUACGGGACAUCUUAUUACUAUAUGGGCGCUCAGUUACCACAAAUGUUUAGCCACCAAAACAUCUCCACCUAUGUUCCCGCUGGCCAGGCUCCUCUGAAGGAGAAAAGAUCAGUACACCUAGUCUACAAACACCCGGCUUAUUAUCCCUCUGCCAAAAGUGGUGCCAAACAGAAACUGGUCUUUAAGGCUGAGGGUAACCAAACUUUAGAGGCUGCAAAAGCAACAAAAUCUGCUGAGAAACAUAGAGAAGCAUCAUCCGCUUUGAAAGCAAUGUUGUCACCAAAAGUGAAGAAGGCAGAGAAAUCAGGAAAACAAAUUGCACUGAUUGAAGCUGCUUAAUCAUUGGCCCUGCUGCUGUGGCUUGAGCUUUCUCACUGCUUAGAAUUGCAGUCUUUUCAUUUUAACCCUUCAAUAGCUUUUGCUCACGGAAAUGGUAUAGAUUUCAAGAGUUUCGAUCUGUAGAUCUACAACUCUUUAGCAUUUUAAUCAUUUUGUUUUUGUAAGAAAGAACAUGCAGAGGUUGGUUGUAUAUAGUUUCUGGUACUUUUCCCAACAACAAAAGGAAUAAAAAUCUGGUACUAAGUGUUCUCAA